AUGGCUGAACGGAGCCAAUCCAACCAGAACGCGGCGAAAAAGGGACAGAGACCAGCUGUAAAGAAGGUCACGGGAGAUCCUUUGACGAAUUACAACGAGGACUGCCCGGACUGUAAACGAAACAACAUCCUGUCGAACGAACGUUUCCCAUGCUGGACUUGCGUGGUGGCAGUACCGAACCAAGCAGUGGUGGUACCAGAAGAGGCGAGAAGGGGUAACCUCGAUGUGUUCCGGCAUUUGGUUACGGGAGACACAUGGAUGAAACUGUCACCAGAAGACCGGAUGAUUUUGGAAGAUAAGUACAGAAUGUGGGUCGGACGCAGACCGGGUUGGGAUAUCACCCUUGAACCACCGAAGACACCAGAAGCGGAUGCGUUCAGAAAGAAGUUUGAAGAAGACACGAUGAGAAUGGUACAGGAAAAGCGCGAGGCAGAGCGAAAGCGGCUAGAAGAAAAAGAGAAAGCUGCGGCAGAGAAGGGUUUAGCCGAAGCAGCUAAAGGUCAUACACCUGCCCCAUUUGCGAUAUUGAAGAAACAAGAUGAAGGAGAAGCAGCUGUAAUCAGACAGUCGCUGAUACAGCAGAUUGACAUCAUCUUGCAAGAUCCACUCGCGGUAUCGAAAGAGGAAUACAAAAUCUUCCUGGAUGAAAAGGUCAACCUGACGAAAGGAAAUAGACCGUCCCAGGUUAUCAAAAUUGCGAUUGAAGAACGAAUCGACAGGAUGAGAAAUUUCCGAAAACGGGAGAAAGAUGUGGUUGAGGCCCUUCGGAACUUCAAGAAAGAGGAGUUCAAACGCCCAAAAUCGCCUCAAAGAGAUGAUCACAACCGCGGCUAUGAAAGGUCAUCAGACCGCUCCCGAGAAAGGUCAUGGGAUAGACAUUAUAACGACCGAUACAGUGGAUACGCGAGAGAUACGCGUACGUCGGAGCAAAAGAGAAGGGAUGAAGAACGUAUCCGACGUGAAAAAGAACAAAGAGAAAAGCGCCGCCAAGAAGAAGCGGAAGAAAAGCGCUUGGCGGAGGAAUACAGGAAAAUCAACGAAACCUGUAACAGGCAGCAGGAGAAGGAACGGGCUGCUAAGGAAACGCAGAAUCGCGAUUCACAGAAUCGAGAAGGAAGAAGUGAGGGCUCGAGUAAAUCAACAUCCUCAAAGGGGCCAUACGAUCAAGAGUGGGCCCAGGAUAACUUGAAUAUGGAUGAUUAUGAGUUUGGAGAUAAAUCUUACAACAGUAAAAGGUCAUCCAGCUCAGAAAGCCACCGCACGCCUAAGAGCCCGCGCAGAAUGCAAUCAGUAGUUCAUUCUGUUUGUUCAACGUUCAAGUCAGCCGAGAAACAACCGGCACAGCAGAUGGAUGAGGUCAUGGAAUGUAGUCCAGCAUCCUCAAAUGUCAUUGAAGUCCAUGGAGACGAGGACAUGCGACCGUCGAGACGAAACAUCAUCUUCGAUCUUGAGCAUCAGCUUACAAGCGCGGAGACGGCGAGUAAUGCACCGCCAGAAUCAGAUUCAGAGAAGGGCGACCAGAAAGGUCAAUCAAAGGUCACCGCUCCGAGGAGACAUUCCCUCUUAACCAUCGAGCUGGUAUAUGAAAUGAACGACAUCAUGGAGCAAACGAACGAGAUCUGCCGUUCGGUGGGCAUCGCGCCAGAUAGCAAGGAUGAAUUCGACAAAGUUUAUUGGCUUCUCAUGAACUUGCGCCAGGUCAUCAACGACUCGGGAUACGCGAAAGAGUACGAGUAUGGCCAAUGGGAAGACCUGAUCAUUACGCAAGAAUCGGCGAAUCUUCAUUACUUCCCGACGAGAGAAUGUGGCCUUGUCAGUUUGAUCGACCUGAGUCUCUUGGAAACACCGUUGGACACACCGGAUCCAACAGGAAUGACACAGUUCCAAUACAGAGACAUCAAGGAAAGACGUCUGCACGUAGCACAAUUCGUAUUGCGCCAUGUGAAUCCGGCGUUGAGACUCCUCGCAGGAAGGGCUGCGUUAGGAUUAGUAGUUAAACCAGACUCCCCGCCUGAUCACCGUGCUACGAUCCAAAAGAUUUUCGCAGCAAGGCUUGGCCAUUAUGAAUCGCAUCACCAGCUGCGAAAGAGCGCUCAAAGAGAUGACGAAGGAAAGUGGAAAUCACUCUUCGACUCCAAGGGCAAAGGGCUCUAUUUUCCGGAAAACUUCCAAUUUAACCCGACGGCGGAAGAGCACAUUAAAUAUUACUCUGGUGACCCGCCGGCCCAAGCCGAAGCCAUGGAGACUCAAGAAGAAAUUGAUAGGGGAUCACCAUGUCGACGCAUCGAAUAUGAAUCAAGAAGGAAGAGGAUCCUCAGAAUCGAAGUGGUCGAUCCUCAGACGGGACAAAUGGUGUCAAACGCAGGCUUCACUCCAGAAGAGGAAGAAGAGGAAACAUCAAAACUUAUGCAAGAGGUGGAGCAAGUACUACAGGUCCUGCCACAAGAGGAAGAGCGCGAAGAAUUCGAAGCCAUAACCGAAGUAUUGGUUAACGUCAUGAUGCCAAGAGCACGCCAGGACGGGGCAUAUAUGCGCCUGACGCACAUCGACCCUUUCCAUGGAGAAGUGUACAAGCAGCUUUACACUUCGAGAGGCGAGACGCUGACUAAAUUGUCGGGUGCGAAAAAGGUCAAGAAACCGGCUGAGAAGGGUCAGCCUGAACCAGUUAAAGCAGAAGAGAAGGGUCACCAAGAAAAAGAAGAAACGAAAGGUCAAGAGACUAAGGAAAGACCGCAAGAACAGGAGGUCAAGAAAGAAGAGCAUCUGACUCCUGUGAAGAAAGAUGAAGAAGGAAAGAAAGAAGAUCAGAAGAAGAAAAGGAAACCAGUAAAAGUCACGGCACGAGAAGGUGGCGCCGGUGAAACUUUUGUCAGACAGCCGAAGUUACUGGGAGUUAUGGAAAAGAAAAGAGAGAAACCCGAAUCGGACUCUGAGCCAGAACAAUUGGCUAUCAACGCAAAAGCAGGGUCGUCACAAGCCGAGACCGACGAAGAGAAGGACAGAGGUCAAUCACGCAAGGUGAUGGAGGAAGCGAUGACGAUGCAGCCGAUCUAUGCGUCGACGAUGAAAGAACGCAAGGACAAGGCUGAUAAAGAGAAGAAGAAAAGGGAUACUUCUGUCGAAUCGGCGAAAUCGGAAGUCAGCGUCGCAUCGUCAAAGUCGUCAAUAAAAGAGAAAGAUACAAGAAAGAAAGGCCAGAGAGACACAAGAAAAUCUGACCCCAGCUUGGCAGAUUAUAUGGAUGCACAAAAGAAACCAAAGGUCACUGCCAGGAACACUCUUAUCGGACGAGUCGACGCAGCUGACAUCGUGAACUGGAGACCUGUCGAAGGGGACAGCGAAUUGGAUUACACGGACGACGAAUACGAUGACCGAUUCUUCGUCUGCGAGUCGAACGAACAAACAACAAUCGAAGAAAUUGACGAAAUCCUCAUCGGAGCAACAGCGGAUUGGGGAAAGGCGACGAGAUCAGUUACAUCGAAAUUCAGAAAGGACGUCAAGGCGUAUUGCGAAGAGACGAAUAAAAGACUGCCGCAGAGCAAGUACAACGCCGUCCUGGAAUAUGCAAGGAGCACAGGAAAAGUCCUCCAGAAACAUCCGAAAUAUGGCUCCAAAGCGAAGCUGUACAUCACCGGGAACAAUAAUGAGCGGAAGUUGGCUACAGCAAACGCAGAUAUCCGAGAACGGAUUGAGCGCGCCAUUAUCGGGAUGUGCAGUCCGAUGGGCACGACGAAACACCGUAUGGCACAGUUCAUCAACGGAGUUUGGAGCAAAGAGAAGGGAAAUGCUUCAAUCAUUGAAAGGUCACUCGGAAAAGUAUUAACACAGAUGGUGGCGGAAAAGAAGCUGCACACUACAAACCCUCAUAAAGGUGUUACCAUCAGAUACAGCUCACUGAACGCCGUCCCAGAAGAAUUGAGACAAUACAAGAAGGAAGAGACAAGUGAAGAUACGACCAUUAUAUUGGAUCCGAGACUCGAUGCGGCAUGCCCCAUCUUGAGUCAGAUUAAAUUGGACAGUGAAAAAGCGGCAACUUCAUCGAAAAAAGGGAAAGAAGAGCAAAUAGAAGAAUCAAUGGUCAUCGAAGAAAAUGUCGUUGAACAACAAGAGGCAGAAACGGUCGAGAAGGGCAAACCGAAACUGCAUGCACCGAAAUCAGCUGAAGAAGCGAUUGCGUUGGUGGGACCACCGAAACCGAUGUCAGUACCAGAAGCACUUGCGGCGGUUAGAAGUCAAAAGGCUAGCGGUGGACCCAGCUCAAUGGAAAAAGUUAAAGGUCAUCAGACUUUAGCACAAAGCGGAGCAGCGGAGAAAGGCCACCCGAGCUCGAGCCAAGAGAAGACGGUUCAGUCGCCGCCGCCCCCGAAGGAAGAAAAAGAAAAACCUUUCGAAUUACUGGAGGAGGAAAUUAUCGACGGCAAACCAGCUUAUAUGACCGUUGAUGACCUAAACGAAAACAAUGUCCCGUGGAUGACGAUUUUCGCCGCGAUUGGUGCGGCUCCGUCAAGAGAAAUGGAUAAGACGGAUAUCGCCAAGGCGAACAUCGGCGGAACUAACGGGUUUACCCAAGAAGAUGUGUCCAACUACAUGGCGGUUCAAUACGAUUCAGGUCAAGAAAAUAUGAAUGGCGACCGAUUCAAAAUCCAGAACGCACUGGAUAGCUUGGUCAAGGACGGGACCAUCAGAACAUGGAAGAAAAACGGGAUCGACCGUUAUGACUGGAUUGCGAAAGCAUAA